CUAAUUGUCGCCAUUCUUUAUUAUUAUUAUUUUUUUCCCUCUCUCCCAUUCCCGCAUCGCUCAUAGUGCCCCUCCUUCUUGGCCCGCCUUGCGCAGACUCUCACUCAUACCCGAAAACCAACCACUCUAGGCUCUGCGCGUAGCCAUUGAUACAUCAUGAGCAGUCAAACGAUAGGCAACACCUCCAGCAAUGGAUGGGUGGUGCAGAAAUUCGGCGGAACCAGUGUUGGAAAGUUUCCAGACAAGAUUGCCACGGAUAUUGUGCGUGCAAGCCUUUCUCACAACAAAGUCGUCGUCGUCUGCUCAGCAAGAAGCACGGGCAAGAAGAUCGAGGGCACCACCAGCCGGCUGCUCGGCGUCUUUAACAGGCUCAAGGGCAUCGCAGCACCCACGACGCCAGAAGAGACACAGAAUGAGCUCAUGAACGAGGCCAAGGGUCUGAUUGAGGACAUUUGCAAGGACCACGUAUCGGCAGUCAAGACUUUCCUCCGCAACCCAGAAUUACAGGCCUCCUUGGAACAGGAGAUCCGCGAUGAGUGCCAGGAGCUGGUCGAGUACAUCGUAGCGGCAAGGAGGUUUAACCUCGAGGUCAAUUCAAGGUCAAAGGAUCGAUGCAUCAGUUUUGGUGAGAAACUCAGCUGCAGGUUCAUGGCCGCAUUGCUGAAGGACUUGGGUGUCGCCGCGGAAUAUGUGGAUCUCAGUGACGCGUUCCACUAUGAUGCCACGGCUCGUCUGAGCCAGGGCUUCUAUCAGGAGGCCGCCGCGGUACUACGGAAGAAGAUCACGGCUUGCGAAGAGCGAGUACCCGUAGUUACUGGCUUCUUUGGCAACGUCCCCGGAAGUCUGAUUGAUGGUGACAUUGGCCGGGGCUACACGGAUCUCUGCGCGGCGCUAUGCUCAGUCGGCCUCAAGGCGGAUGAGCUCCAGGUGUGGAAGGAGGUUGACGGAAUCUUCACGGCAGACCCGACAAAGGUUCCCACGGCCCGCCUGCUACACUCCAUCACACCGUCCGAGGCGGCCGAGUUGACGUUCUACGGCUCCGAGGUCAUCCACCACCUGACCAUGGACCAGGUCAUCCACGCCUCGCCUCCUAUUCCCAUCCGCAUCAAGAACGUUAAGAACCCAAGAGGAGUCGGCACCAUCGUUGUGCCCGACCCCGUCCUCACGGCCGGCCAUCAGAUCUCAAGGUCAGCACCCGCAGACCCGACCUUGGUCCAGAAGCCAAAGAGGCCCACGGCUGUCACGAUCAAGGAUAAGAUCUCCGUCAUCAACGUGCACUCCAACAAGCGCUCUAUCUCCCACGGCUUCUUCGCAAAGGUCUUUUCCAUCCUCGACAGCAACCAGAUCUCUGUCGAUCUAAUCUCCACGAGUGAGGUCCACGUGUCCAUGGCCAUCCACGCCGGAAACUCAGAGGGCGGCAGCUUCGAUAAGGCGCGACUUGAGCUGGAGGAAUGUGGCGACGUCAGCGUGCUCCAUGAUAUGGCUAUUCUGAGUCUGGUAGGUGCGGAAAUGAAGAACAUGAUUGGAAUUGCCGGUCGCAUGUUCUCCACGCUAGGCGAGCACAAUGUCAACUUGGAAAUGAUCUCACAGGGUGCCAGCGAGAUCAACAUCUCCUGCGUCAUUGACGCUCGGGAUGCUACUCGUGCCAUGAACAUCCUGCACACAAAUCUAUUCACCUUCCUUGACUAGGAUGUUCGCCUCGGAUGCCCCGCGCGCUUCAACUGCGCGCGGUGGAAGCGAGCUCUACUUUUUUCGGAUUGAAGUAUAUAAGUUUUACAUGGGUUGGGUCAUCUAAAACGGAGCAUGAACAUGCAUUAUUGGACCAGAAAAGAAGAAAGAAUGAAGAGAAUGGCCUGGAAAGACAAGAUUCCCUUGAUUUAUUUAGAGGUAUA